AUGGAGAAUGCUUUACGUGAAACUGAUGAGGACCUUAGUAAUGUUGAUAAGCUGAAUAAUAUGAAGAGUAGAGCCGUGGAACUUAACAAUACUAGAUUGCAACUGGCUACUAUGCUCAAACAAAAGUCUCGUAAUAAGUGGCUUGUUGAAGGGGCUAGUAACACAAGCUUCUUUCACAAUAGUAUUCGCAUUAGGAGAAGUAGUAAUACUAUCUCUGAACUGGUAAAUGAAAAUGGGGAGACGAUUACGAAUGUGGAUCAAAUGGUGCAGCAUGUUGUUAGUUUUAAUGAAGAUAAAUUCAAUGGGGAUUCUUCGGUGCUGGAUGAUUCCUUAUUUGAUAUUGAUCAUUCGACUAUUUCUGCAGAGGAAAGUAUUGGCAUGGACCUCAUUCCCAUGUAUGAAGAAAUUCGUGAAGCUAUUUUUUCUCUGGGUGCUGAUAGUUCUCCAGGCCCGGAUGGUUUUGCCGUAUUUUUCUAUAGACACUGUUGGGAUAUUAUUAGUUCUGAUUUGGUGAAGGCUAUCAUUUUUUGUUUGGAACAUAAGUAUAUUCCCCAUAAAGUUAAUUCUAGCCUUCUUAUGCUGCUGCCAAAGGUAAGAGGAGCUAAUACUCUUUCUAACUUUUGUCCGAUUGGGCUGAGCAACUUUUUCUUCAAGAUUUUUACCAAAAUCUUGGCAACAAGAUUAGGUACUGUGUUGGGUAACUUGGUUCCUGAGAAACAGGUUGCUUCUAUGAAGGGAAGAAACAUUCACGAAAAUAUUAGUUUGGCGCCUGAGAUGGUUAAUGAGCUACAAAUCAAGCGGAAAGAUGGUAAUGUGGGGUUAAAACUUGAUAUUACUCAGGCUUUUGAUACUGUUAGCUGGAAGUUUAUCAUGGAGGUCUUUAGAAGAUAUGGGUUUUCUGAAGGUUGGUGUACUUGGAUUCUUCAUAUUCUUCAGUCAACAAGGAUUUCGGUUCUCUUCAAUGGUAGUCCGGAGGGUUUCUUCAAGAUUGAUAGGGGUCUUUUUCAGGGUGAUCCUCUUUCGCCUUUAAUUUUUGUCUUAAUUGAGGAUGUCUUAAGUAGAAAUAUUGCUAAGUUAUUUAGAGAUCGAAAAAUGACUCAUAUGGUCACUAGGAAAGGCAACAUGAAAAGUCUGCAGAAUUUAGUUGAUUUGUUGGGGUCCUAUCAACGUGCUUCUGGGCAGACGGUUAGUAGGCAAAAGAGCAAGUUGUAUUAUGGAGGGGGUUCUUUGUCGAGGCGAACAUCUAUUUCUACUUUUCUUGGUAUGAAAGUUGUUUCAUUCCCAUAUAGGUACUUAGGUAUCAAAAUUAUGCCAGAAAUAGUGAGGUAUCAUCAUAUUAGUAAUGUGGUAGAGAAGAUAAAGGAGAAGCUCUCAGGUUGGAAGGGGAAACACUUAUCUUUUCAAGACAGAGUUGUUCUUAUAAAAUUUGUGAUAGUUAGCUACUCGAUUCACAACAUGGCAGUUUAUCGUUGGCCUAAAAAAAUUGUUCAUCAAUGUGAAGUUGUUAUACAGAACUUUCUUUGGACUGGUGACUCUAGUGUUCGAAGAUCUUUUACUGUGGCGUAUGACAAAGUUUGUGUUCCGUAUGAAGAGGGUGGCCUGGGAAUCUCGAGCAUGAUUUCCAUGAAUAAGGCUUUGUUAAUGAAGCUUUGGUGGAAUAUGAAAACUUCCAAAAAGAAUUGGGCGAAAUUAUUCAGGGCUAGAUUUUUUAGCCGUAAUGGUCAUCUGCGCAAAUACAUUAAGUCCUCCAUUCUUCCGGGAAUCAAAUGGGUAUAUAAUGAUGUUGAGAAUAAUGUUCAUGUGCUGAUUGGUGAUGGCAGGGCAACGUCUUUAUAUUUUGACGCUUGGUGUUCAGAAUCGUCCAUUGCGGAUGUCCUUGACAACCCAAAUUUGGAUCGAUCGGUGCUGGUUAGUGAUAUGUUAGACAAUGGAAAUUGGGCUUUAACAGAUCCUUGUAUUGCUAAUAUGCUUGCUGCAGGUGGUGAUGUGAAUAAUCUUCCAAGGCCGAUGGGAGGAGAGAACUACAGAGUUUGUAAACCUUCUUACAAAGGAGAUUUCAUGGUAAAAUCGGCCAAAGAUUUGGUGCGAGUUAGAUAUGCAAAGUUGGAGGGUGCUAAUCUGAUUUGGAGGCCAGAAAUUCAUCCGUCUCUUGCUUCUCAAAAUUGGAAAUUUCUCGUGUGUGUUUGGCAUCAAAAUGCAUCAAAAUUUGACAACAGCGUACAAAGAAGCCAAAGAGUUAUUCAUAGGAAAAUUAAACAGAUUGAACCGGUGGAGUGUUUUUGGGAGCCUCCAGAAGCAGAUGAAUUGAUGAUAUGUUGUGAUAGUGCCUCUAGGGGUAAUCCGGGUGUGGCAGGUGGUGGUGUGGUGGUAAGAGAUACUUCUUCUAAUGUUCUUGGCGCUAUGAACAUAGGCUUGGGGACAACAACAAACUAUCUUGCUGAAGUUUUUGCGGUUAUUGUUGGGUUGGAAUGGGCUAUGAAAUUUGGUUUGCAGCGGAUUUGUAUUCGCUCGGAUAGUAUGGCAGCAAUGCAAACUUUCUCGGGUGGUGUUUCUAAUGUUCCUUGGUUUAUUAGAUCAAGAUGGGUGGUUGUUAAGCGGAAUUAUGCAAGAAUCAGAUUUGUGCAUUCUUUUAGAGAAACUAACUUUUCAGCGGACACUAUGGCUAAGAGAGGUUGUUUUUUGCAAGAGAAGGAGGGUAUGAAUUAUGAUGGAAGACCUGAUUUUCUUCAUUUGAUUGAAUUACCUAAUGUAUUUGUAAGUUUUUUGGGGUUUUCUGCCCUUUUUCUUACAAGCUAG